AAAAGGAAAAAAAAAAAAAAAAAAAUAUAUCAUUAUACACACGGGUUUUUUUUUGAUAACGACAAUGUUAUGGUUUUUAAUGAUGAUAAUUCAAAUAUGAUGAUGAAUGAAAAUUAUUUCAUAUUUUUUUUUUAUCCCUUAUAUUUAUUUACAUAUUUAAAAGGGAAAACGGAGGAGAAAAUAAAAAUAUUUAUUUCCUUUUUUUUUUUCUUCCUCCCCUGUACAAAAUACUUUCAAUUGUUUUAUAUAUUUUUUACAUUUUUCUUUUUUUCCUUUUGCAUUUUGCAUAUUAACUUUUUCUCAUUUAGUCUCUUUUUUUUUACCCCUCUUUUCCUUCGACUUUGUAACAUUUCCCUUUUUUUUAUUUUUAUUUUUUUUUUUCCUCCCUUUGGGUUGGGUAUUUUCAUUAUUACUAUAGCAGAUUUUGUGUAUAUUGGGCAUUUCAGGGAACAAUUGAAAUUUGUGAUUGGUUUUUUUAGUAACAAAAAUAUUUCUUUUCCAUUUUAUUUUAUUGUUUCAAAAAAAAAAAAAAGAUAUUUUUAUUACCUUACUUUCAAAAUAAAGUAUAUUAUAUAUUGUAAUGAAGUAUCUAUUUGAAUGGAC